GAUAAAGUCUAUGUUUUGACUGAAAACCAAGGGAAGACUUGUCUCGGCCUCUUUCUUCUCCGUGUUUCAGGUCUCUCUCUUUGAUUUCAUAUAAUAUGGUCUGGAAUUCUGCUGGAUCUGGAUAUCAAGCAGACAGAUUCAUCUUCUAUGAACAAAAAUACGGAUUUUGGUUAUUGGGUUUUCAUAUUUCAGUUCAAACUACUGUUAUUAGAAUCGGUCAAUGACUUGCUGCAAUGUUGAAACGCUAUUAUUAUUACGCGAUUUGGGUCUCCACUGUUUUCAUGCUUAUUGCCAUCUCUGUCUCCGACUGUAACUGCGACGACGACGAAGACGAUGAUGGUCUUUGGAGCAUUCAGAACAUUCUCCAAUACCAAAAAACAAGCGAUUUCUUGAUCGCCGUCGCCUAUUUCUCAAUCCCAAUCGAGUUACUAUACUUCAUUACUUGCUCCAACGUUCCUUUCAAAUGGGUACUUGUUCAAUUCAUUGCUUUCAUCGUUCUUUGUGGAAUCACUCACUUAUUCAAUGGAUGGACUAACUACGGUCCUCACUCUUUCCAAUUAAUGAUGGCUCUCACCGUUUUCAAAAUCCUCACCGCUCUGGUUUCAUGCGCGACCGCGAUCACGCUUCUUACACUCAUCCCACUUCUUCUCAAAUUUAAAGUUCGUGAGCUUUUCUUGAAACAGAACGUAUUAGAGUUAAAUCAGGAAGUUGGGUUCAUGAAGAAACAGAAGGAAGCAAGCUUACAUGUAAGAAUGCUUACUCAAGAAAUUAGGAAAUCUCUUGAUAAACACACUAUUCUACAUACAACUCUAGUCCAGCUCUCGAACACGUUGGAUCUUCACAAUUGCGCUGUUUGGAUGCCCUGUAAAAACAAAAUGAAUCUCACGUAUGAACUCAAGGCGAGAAUCUCUUCAAAGAGACGUACCCUUUCUCUUCCAAUUGAAGAUGGAGACGUGAUUGAGAUAAGGAAGACGAAAGGGGUGAGGAUUCUGCGAUCGGAUUCUGCGUUAGCCAAAGCGAGCAGCGCAGAUGGCGAUGGUAUCGUAACUGGAGGAGGGGUUGCGGCGAUUCGAAUGCCGAUGCUUAAGGUUUCUAAUUUUAAAAUGGCGGGUGUAAGUACUCCCGAAUUCGUGGAGACUUCAUACGCCUUACUCGUUUUGAUUCUCCCGAGCGAAAACAAGAGAGGUUGGAGCAAAGACGAGAUGGAGAUCGUCGGAGUUGUGGCCGAUCAAGUCGCGGUGGCUCUCUCCCACGCUUCGGUUCUCGAGGAAUCUCAGUUCAUGCGGGAGCAGUUAGAAGAGAGGAAUCGUUUGUUACAACAAGCAAAGGAGGAAGCUUUGAUGGCGAACAAAGCUCGAAACGCUUUCCAAAAGGUAAUGAGCAGGGCCAUGAGAAAACCCAUGUAUUCAAUCUCGGGAUUACUCUCGAUCUUCGAGAGUGCCGCCGCUCAAAGGAACAUAGUCGAGACGAUCGUUAGAACAAGCAAUGUCCUCUCGACUCUGAUAAACGACGCUGUUGAGAUCUCGGCUAAGGAUGUCGGGAGGUUUCCGUUGGAGAUUAGGCCUUUUCGGUUGCAUCCUAUGAUCAAGGAAGCUUGUUGUAUGAUCAAAUGCUUGUGCGUCUGCAAAGGGUUAGGUUUCUUCGUCGACCUGCAGAAUUCUCUGCCAAAUCAAGUAAUGGGCGACGAUAGAAGAACGUUUCAGGUCUUAUUGCAUAUGGUUGGUCACCUUUUGGAUGUAAAUGAUGCCACUGACGGAUCGGUUAUAUUUCGUGUUGCUUCUGAUAGUACAAAUGCACGUCCUGGGAUUUGGAAACAACACGAAGAACAUGUGAGCAUAAAGUUUGAACUCGAGAUCACUGAUCACACAAUGACGAUGGCAACGAUAAUUAGUGAAAAGCACAAAGAAGAUAUCGUUUCUAAAAAAGGAUUGAGCUUUAGAUUAUGCAAGAAGCUGGUGCAGAUGAUGCAAGGUAAUAUAUGGAUAUCUUCUUCAAAACAAGGUAAUCAUAAAGAAAUUAUGACUCUAGUCCUCAAGUUUCAAAUCCAACCGAUGAUAAGAACUAUGCUGGAAUUCGGGGAACAACAGCCGAGAUCUAACAGCUCCAUGUUUAGGGGCCUUCGAGUUCUCGUGGUAGAUGAAGACGAUGUAAACAGAUUCGUUACAAAGAAGCUGUUGGAGAAACUUGGUUGUUUGGUUUCUGUUGUCCGGUCUGGUUCAGAGUGUUUGAUCCAUCUGGGUAAUUCUGUGCAGACUUCAUUUCAAGUUGUCUUUUUGGAUCUUCACAUGCCUGAUAUGGAUGGGUUCGAAGUAACCAAGGAGAUCCAAAGGUUUAGAAGCCGUAACUGUCCGUUGAUAAUAGCCAUAACUGCGAGUGAAGAGGACAAACUUUGGGAAAGAUGUUUACAUGCGAAGAUGAAUGGACUGCUUAGAAAACCCAUUGUUUUACAACAGUUUGCUGAUGAGCUUUGUAGAGCCCUUCAACGGGCAAAGGAAGUUGUAUGAUAUACACGAGUUUACAGCUACAAAUAAAUAUUCCAAUGAAAAUAGACUCAAGAUUGUAUUGUAGAAAAUGGAUUUUAUUUUUAUUAUUUUCUAGCCUUAGUUCUUGAUAGGACUAAAUGAUUGCAAAUUAGAAACUUCAUCAUUUCACAUGUAUGUAAGGUACAUAUGGUUGAUAGAUUGAUUUAUAACU